UUAAGAACAACAACAACAAUUCGUAAUAAUUAAAAUUAAACAAAGUAGAUAUUUAGCCACAAUAACAUCUUUUGAACUACUGAAACUCGCUUAAACAGAUGCCAGGCGACAUUAUCCAGUUAAAUGUUGGUGGAAAGAGGUUUGCUACUUCAAAGGAGACUCUGACAUGGAUUCAAGAUUCAUUUUUUACAAGCUUGCUGAGUGGAAGGAUUUCUUCAUUAAAAGAUGAUAAGGGAGCUAUAUUUAUUGACCGAGAUCCAGUCUUAUUUACUGUGAUUUUAAAUUACCUUAGAACAAAAGAAGUUGAUCUGAGCAAUGUAGAUAUAAGUUGGUUGAAGCAUGAGGCAGAAUUCUAUGGCAUUAAACCACUAGUUCGUCGGUUGUGUUUAUGCGAGGAGCUGGAUGCGGCAUCAUGUGGGGAUGUUCUGUUCCAUGGUUACCUCGGACCACCCUGUCCUCCUGUACCAGAUUUCAUGAGAAGUAGAUCACAGUCUAUUGUCAGCACAGACAGUCAUGCAGGCAGGGGAGCCACCCCACAGAGACAUUCAUCUGUUGAUCCGAGACCAGGAGGUUCCCAUCAGGAUGAUGUGCAUGCACACAUGAGACAGACCUCGUUAGAUUUCUCCACACUGAUGCAUCAAGGUUCCCAGGCUAGUAUAGCACGUACACCAUCAACACACAGUAUGUCAAGGUUGUCAUUGUCAACAGAUGCCAGAAGCAUAUCUAGACCAGUUCCGUACGAGUCACUGAGCAGCAGAUUGGCACAUGCUCAACCAAUGGCUGGCUAUAGAACAGAUCCUCUGAAGGUGACCAUGUUGAGAGGUCAUCAUAAUUGGAUUGCUGUGGCUUAUCCCCACUUUGCGUGUUGCUACAGGAUGAAAGAUUCUACAGGCUGGCACCUGAUCUGGACCAGUUCCUACCUAGACAUACCAAUAGAACGUAUAGCCAUCAACGCUAAAGUGUUGUCAGCCAAUCAGGACAACACAAACAAAAUGGUGGCAGCGUCGGCUGCAAGUCUCGUCAGACUGUGGUCAAUCUCUGAUGGCGAUGGAGAAAGUCGUGAAAUUGGUGUGUUCAACUUGAAUGUAUCUGUGGAUUCCCUGUUCUUCAUAGGCAGUCAACUUGUAGCUCUCAGUAAACUGGGAAAAGUUGGAGUCUGGCAUUCCAUGACACACAAUUGGCAGAUUCAGGAUGUGGUUGCUAUAACAAGCUAUGAUAAAGCUGGUUCUUUCUUGCUUCUUGGUUGUGAAAAUGGCUCAGUCUAUUAUAUUGAUAUGCAGAAGUUUCCACUACGAAUGAAAGACAAUGACUUGUUAGUGACAGAGUUAUAUCGUGAUCCAGCAGGGGAUAAAGUUACUGCUCUUAGUGUUUACCUUACCCCUAAAACAAGUGUAAGUGGUAACUGGAUAGAGAUAGCUUACGGUACAAGUUCCGGUACAGUACGUGUGAUAGUACAGCAUCCAGAGACUGUUGGGCACGGUCCUCAGUUGUUUCAAACUUUCACUGUACAUAGAAGUCCUGUUACUAAGGUCAUGUUGUCAGAAAAGCACCUUGUGUCAGUAUGCUCUGAGUACAAUCAUGUACGGACAUGGAGUGUGACACGAUUUCGAGGGAUGAUCUCAACGCAGCCAGGCUCCACGCCACUUGCAUCAUUUAAGGUGAUAUCACUAGAAGACUACGACCCAAAUCAGAGCUACAUGGCUGGUAAUGACUUCGGUCCAUUCGGAGAGCAAGAUGACCAACAGGUUUUUGUACAGAAAGUAGUUCCAGAAACUGAUCAACUCUUCAUACGCUUGUCGUCAUCUGGCAAGAGGGUGUGUGUUAUAAAGUCUGUUGAUGGAACAACAAUAAGUGCAUUCCGUGUCCACGAGUGUGAGGGCUCGAGCAGAAUGGGUUCACGACCCCGCAGGUUCUUGUUUACUGGCCACACCAAUGGUGGUAUACAGAUGUGGGAUCUUACCACAGCACUAGAUCUGAUGAGCCCCGCAGAGGACAAUAAACAAAUAUGCACGCCCAAACCAACAUCUACAGAGCAGAACCUAGGAGGUCCUACACCUAAAGAAUUAGUGAAGUUGUUAGACCAGUGUGACAUAUGUCAGUCCCAAAACUCCACCCCUUGUAUAAGCCCUUCCCCCUCUAUCAUGGGGGGAAGCCUUCAGCGCCCUAGUCAAGAGGUGGUGCAUGGCAUUUCUGUGCCAAAUAUGGACUCUCUGGAGGAUCUAGAAGAACGGGGCGCAGUGGGUGGGAUGGAGAAGUCACAGGUCACAAGUUUAUGAUGCAUGCUAACAUGUUAUAAAGUAUGGGUCAGGUGAACAACGAUACAGACAUAACAGAAGUAGCAGUUACUGGGUGUGACAGAAGGUUGUGUCCAUUGAAAUUGUGCCAUAGCAAAAUGUAAACAGUAUCCUGAGAAAAUUAUAUACACGCUUCUUGUUAUACUUCAUAGCAACGUGCACAUUCUCGAAAUUUGUUUUAAAGGGACACGCCUCCAUGUUUAUAUAAAGUUUUUACAAAAUUUAUGAAGUAGCUUUGUUAAUUAGUAAUAUUGUUUAUAGAAAUUGAAAAUGAAGUUACUCUGUUAGGUCUUGGUAGUAUUUAACCCUUACCCUGCUAAAUUUCUGUAAUGAACUUGUCCAUCUAUCAAUUUGGACAGAACCAUUAACUGUUAAAAGGGGUGUUCGCUGAAAAUUUACUGACUGAAUAGCAAACAGUGCAGACCAUGAUCAGACUGCACGGAUGUGCAUGCUGAUCUUGGUCUGCACUAGCCGCAAAGGCAGAAUCACUUGCCGCCAGCAGGCUAAAGGUUAAUUAUAAAUUUAUUUGCAAAACCGGUAUGUUGUCUGCAAACAAUCUUAAAGAGAUACAUGCAGUAGACAAGGAAAUCAAUGAAAGAAAUUUAUCUGUACUUAAAAGCAUGUACUCAAAAAUAUAAACUUAACCCUUAUCAUGCUGGACAUGACUGAUUCUGCCUUUGUGACCAGUGUAGAUCAUGAUCAGCCUGCACAUCCAGACAGUCUGAUCAAGAUCUUCACUGUUCGCCAUUUAAUCAGUAUCUUUUUGGUAAACACCCCAGGCCUUUUAACAGUUAAUGGUACUACCCAGAUUGAAAGAUGGACAAGUUCAUUAUAGAACUUUAGCAGGGUAAGGGGUUGAUUGUUAUUAAAUAUGCAUUUAUAGUCCUUUACAUUGGUCUAAACAUGGUGACAUGAUUAAUGAUAAAAAGUCCUAUUGACUCAAAGGCAGAGCCAAAAACAUGUAUUGACAACUGUGUUGUCAUGACACUUUGACAUCAAAACAAUGAGACGUCAUACACAAUUUACUUGGACAAAAAAAUAACCAUCCGCUACAAACGAUUGCAAUUGAAUUUAGUGCGGCUAAUUAACCUUCAGUAUGUUUGAUAUGAUGUUAUAACAAUUGUUGACUUUUAGGUUUGGUCAAUAUCAGGAUUUAUCAACCUUGAAAAAGUGAAAUCGACCUUGGGCUGUGCCCACGAUUUAUAUCUCUUUUUUUCAGGUCGAUAAAUCUUCAUAACCUCACUAAAGGGCAAUAAUUGCAUAUGAUAAAUUUAUAGAUGUUAUUAUUUCUUUUGAAUAUUUUUAUACCUAGAGACAUGCCACUUUAAGUUAUUUGACAGAUUUAAGUUUCACUGUGCAUAAAUUAUGUUCUCAAAAAUUAUACAUGUAUUACAUUACAAUGUUAUAUUUAAAGGAGAGCUGCUUGAAAUUGUCUGAUCAAUUUCUUUUUUAAACCUUGAUGUACAUUGUUUAAACUUAAAAGUCUUCUUAAAUGUGGACCAAUAAAUGCUACAGAAAAUUGCGUGGUGCAAAUUUUAUAAAAACUUAUAAGGCAUAAAAAGAAAAUUAUUUGUUUCCGGUAUCCCGACCUACCCUAAAUGUUUUUAUGGUCUUGGAGAAUAUUUUUUUCAACUUUUUAACAGAAAGUUGCAAAACUUCACUUUUUACGCUUUAAACCACAGACACUUGGGGUUUGGACCUCCACACACCCCAUUCUCCUCCGCCCCUGGUUAAGUUUAGCCAAUAUAUUUUAGCAUUUUACCAUGUAUUGAGCAUGGGUGACGAUCAUAAAGCGCAUUUUGUAACAUUUCAGCGUAUUUUUAAAAAAUGUAUUUUUACCAUCAAUGCUCUCAAUAUUACAAGAUUUGAAACAUCGCACAAACACUAGGGAAACAAUAGCCAGUUUAACUUUUAAAUGAACCCCUACCAAUGAAUCACUGGUAUCAAUCGUCAGAUCUGUUACCAUUCUGUCAAAUGACACCGGUCCCGACAACUGUCAUUUGUAUUCCGACGAGAAAUCAAUAAAUAAUAUAAAUUAAUCAAUCUAAAUUCUAUGGAACACUUCCUUGUGAAUUGAUCCCUGCUUUGAACUGCGCAUAUUGUUGCCGGGUACCAAAAUUGAUACCGUUUCGACUACAUUAUACCGGAUUAUCGCUUCAGCACGUGUUACACGAGGUUUGUUUACAUAAAGAAGUGAUGAUCUGGUUUAACAUAGCCGUAAGAGUAUCUGUUUUGGUACCCGGUUUAUGACAUGCGCUACACAAAGCGAGGGUCCAGCGCAAGCAAGUGUUCCUAUUGUUCGUGCGAUGUUUCAUAUCUUGUAUUAUUGAGAGCAUUGAUGGUAAAAAAAUACAUUUUUAGCUCGACUAUUCGAAGAAUAGUCUAGCUAUUCUACUCACCCUGGCGUCGGCGUCACACCUUGGUUAAGUUUUUGCAUGCAAGUACAUACAGCUAUCAUUUAAAGGCAUAUAGCUUUGAAACUUAUUUAUUCUUUUUCUAGGUCAAUUACCAACCUCUCUGGGUCAAGUCCCAUAACUCUGACAUGUAUUUUGAGCAAAUUAUGCCCCCUUUUGGACUUAGAAAAUUUUGGUUAAAGUUUUACAUGCAAGUUACUAUCUCCAAAACUAAUGCAGAUAUUGAAUUGAAACUUUACAUGUGUCUUCGGGGUUAUAAAACUAGUUGAUAGCACCAAGUCCCAUAACUCUGACCUUCAUUUUGGCCAAAUUAUGCCCCCUUUUGGACUUAGAAAAUUCUGGUUAAAGUUUUGCGUGCAAGUACAUACAGCUAUUACUAAAAGGCAUAUAGAUUUGAAACUUAUUUUUUCUUUUUCUAGAUCAAUUACCUACCUCACUGGGUCAAGCCCCAUAACUCUGACAUGUAUUUUGGCCAAAUUAUGCCCCCUUUUGGACUUAGAAAAUUCUGGUUAAAGUUUUGCGUGCAAGUACAUACAGCUAUUACUAAAAGGCAUAUAGAUUUGAAACUUAUUUUUUCUUUUUCUAGAUCAAUUACCUACCUCACUGGGUCAAGUCCCUUAACUCUGACAUGUAUUUUGAGCAAAUUAUGCCCCCUUUUGGACUUAGAAAAUUCUGGUUAAAGUUUUACUUGCAAGUUACUAUCUCCAAAACUAAUGCAGAUAUUGAAUUGAAACUUCACAUGUGUCUUCGGGGUUAUAAAACUAGUUGAUAGCACCAAGUCCCAUAACUCUGACCUUCAUUUUGGCCAAAUUAUGCCCCCUUUUGGACUUAGAAAAUUCUGGUUAAAGUUUUGCGUGCAAGUACAUACAGCUAUUACUAAAAGGCAUAUAGAUUUGAAACUUAUUUUUUCUUUUUCUAGAUCAAUUACCUACCUCACUGGGUCAAGCCCCAUAACUCUGACAUGUAUUUUGGCCAAAUUAUGCCCCCUUUUGGACUUGGAAAAUUCUGGUUAAAGUUUUGCUUGCAAGUACAUACAGCUAUUACUAAAAGGCAUAUAGAUUUGAAACUUAUUUUUUCUUUUUCUAGGUCAAUUACCUACCUCACUGGGUCAAGUUCCAUAACUCUGACACGUAUUUUGGGCAAAUUAUACCCCCUUUUGGACUUAGAAAAUUCUGGUUAAAGUUUUACAUGCAAGUAACUAUCUCCAAAACUACUACAGAUAUUAAAUUGAAACUUCACAUGUGUCUUCGGGGUUAUAAAACUAGUUGAUAGCACCAAGUCCCAUAACUCUGACAUGUAUUUUGGGCAAAUUAUGCCCCCUUUUGGACUUAGAAAAUCCUGGUUAAAGUUUUGCGUGCAAGUACAUACGGCUAUUACCAAAAGGCAUAUAGCUUUGAAACUUAUUUAUUCUUUUUCAAGGUCAAUUACCAACCUCACUGGGUCAAGUUCCAUAACUCUUAACAUGUAUUUUGAGCAAAUUAUGCCCCCUUUUGGACUUAGAAAAUUCUGGUUAAAGUUUAACAUGCAAGUUACUAUCCCCAAAACUAAUGCAGAUAUUGAAUUGAAACUUAACAUGUUUCUUCGGGGUUAUAAAACUAGUUGAUAACAUCAAGUCCCAUAACUCUGAUAUGUAUUUUGGUCAAAUUAUGUCCCCUUUCGAACUUAAAACUCUUUUGAUAUUUAACAUUUUGGGUAAUAAUUUCCUGCUUCUGUGACAAUAUUUCGAAUAGUCGAGCUUGGCUGUCUUACGGACAGCUCUUGUUUAAAAACACGCUGAAAUGUUACAAAAUGCGUUUAGUGAUUGUCACCUAUGCUCAAUACAUGGUAAAAUGCUAAAAAAUGUUGGCUAAACUUAACCAGGGGGGGAGGAGAAUGGGGUAUGUGGGGGUCCGAUCCCCAAGUGUCUGUGCUUUAAACAUGGUCAGUGAUGUUAGAAAUCAACUUAUUGAUGCUCUAAAGGCAUAACCCCCUUAUUUGUAUUCAUUUUUUGACAUAAAAAUAAUUUCCGAAAAGUCUCACUUAAAAUAAAGAAAAUUUCAAAAAAAAGAAUUUUUUUCCGACCUACCUACCCUAAUUUAUUUGAGCAUGUUGCCGGAAACAAAGAAUUUUUUUUUUAGGCCUAAUCACAUUAAAGUUUAAAAUCUCAUUCUUUCCAUUUCAACCUCUGUUAACCAUUGUAGAUUUUAAAGUAUACCCGGUAGUGAAAUUCAAACCACUUACAGUAAACUGUUGUACAAACUGUAUGAAUGUUAAAAUGAUUUAAGAUUUUACAAAAAAAUUAUCAGACAGCUUGCAUGUCAAACAUUUUUCGUGAAACUUGAAAGCAAUUUCAGUUAAACUUUAUGAACCAAAAAUAAGAUCACAGUACAUUUAAAUUACACAUUUUUUUUUUAUCAACGUUAUAUUUAGGUAACUUAAGUUCAUUAUGUCUCCAACAUGAAGUGGGGGAGACAUCUUGAUUUAGCGCUGUUUGUCAGUCUGUAUGUUACAAAAUUUGUCCACGCAACUCCUCCGACUUCACUUGGCAGAUUUACAUUAAUCUUCACAAAAGUGAUUAUUACUAAGCCUAGUUGUGCAUAUAAUUGGCAUGUUCCGGUUUGGUGAUUUUCAAUGGAGUUAUGGCCCUUGAUUCAUCAAAUUUUAUGAUUUUUUGGCCGCUUCUCUUAUAAUAUUGGGUGGAUUUGCACCAAACCAUACAGAAGUGAUAAGUGCCAAGCCUAGUUGUACAUAUUAUUGGCAUAUUCCAGUUCAGUAAUUUUCAGUGGAGUUAUGGCCCUUAAUUUGUUGUAGUUUGCCUUGUCGGCGCAACUGCUCCAACAACACAGGGAGAAAUUACACUAAACUUCCUAAAAGUGAUUAUAGCCAAUUCUAGUUGUGCAUAUUGUUGUCAUGUUCCUGUUCAUUGAUUUUCAGUGGAGUUAUGGCCCUUGACUCAUCAAAUUUUAUGUUGUUUUGGUCACUUCUCUUAUAUUAUUGGGUGGAUUUCCGCCAAACCUUACAGAAGUGAUCAGUGCCAGGCCUAAUUUUGCACAUUAUUUGCAUGUCUGAAUUCAAUGAUUUGUGAUAGUUUACCAUUGUAUAUGCAACUGGUCCAGUUCCAGCAUGAGGAAUUGCACCCAACUUCAGAAAGGUGAUCAUUGCCAAGCUAAGCUGUGCAUAUCAUGGUCAUAUUCCGGUUCAUUUAUUUUCAGGGGUGUUAUGUUCCUUUUAAAGUUUAUUUGUCAACUUUUGUAAUAUUAACUUCUCUUAUACAAUAGGUACAGAUUAUCAGUGCCAAGCCGAGUUAUGCAUUAUCCUUGGCAUGUUUCAGUUCAGUGAUUUUCAGCAGAGUUAAGGCCCUGGAAUUGUCAUAUUUCACUACCUGCUGUAUACCAUCGGGCUGAAUUUCACCAAUCCUCACGAUAGAUUAGAUAUAUUGUUGGACUGUUAUGGUUCAAUGAUCUUCACUGGAGUUAUGGCCCAAUUUAUGGAAUUUAACAAUGUUGGGGUGUUAACUGGUUGGAGACAUACUUUUCUUUGUGAAAAACAAUCUCUAUAUUGCAGCUCACUUGAGCAAAGUGCUCAAGACGAGCUUUAGAGAUGAUUGCACUGUCAGUUGUCAUCCAUCAUGUGUUGUAAAAAAUUGAACUAUCAACUCUCCAUAGGUAACAGUAUUGGCCCAGUCGGAAAAAAAUCUUGGACAUGUUUGAUGUUGAAAUAUCUGGUUCGAGGGUAAUUGUUUAUGUGGUAAGGAGGCUGUGCCGAGUUACUGCAGAAACAUUUACCCUGAAGUCAGAUAUUUCUAUCCGCACUGUCCACCAGUGACUGAUUCUUUCCCUUGCAUACCGUGAUCUUCAAAUAAUAGAAGAAAUAAAAUAGAAUGAAUGCUUUUCUUUUAAGCGCUACUUUAUUAUUGUAGCAUAUUAAUUUAUGCAUUCAUUCAUAAAUUAUAGCAUGAGACACCCUUGGUGUAAGGUGAGGUUUUUCUGCACUGGCAAAAACACAGGAAAAUCCUGUCAGGCAUGCAAGAAAAAAUUAUUUAUAAUCUAUAGGCCACAUUAUUUAAUUGAUCUUCAUGAUACACAUGUGCUUGGUAGGACUGUUUGUUUUGGUGAAUCUGGGUCAAGUUUAAAGGUUGGGAGUAACAGGAAGGUCACUUAGUCAGAUCUUAGGGCAACUUAGUUAAGAUCUUAGACAACUAAGUUAACAUUUUUGGACCAUAUUUUUGAUCUGAUCUGCAUGAAAAAUGGGGAAAAUAUUGAUUAUCUUGUUAAUGCAGGUGAUCAAUACAGGGCCUUUUUUGCAAUGCAAGUUAAUUCUUAGUACAUGUAUUGAGAACAUGUAGAGUAAACACAAGAUAUUUAUUUUUCUUGCAACCCUGUGUAAUUCCAUGAAAAUCGGGGAAAAAAACCUUGUUUUGUGCAUUUUGAAUGCACCGGGUUUAUUUUUGUAUUUUUGGAAAAUCCUAAGUAAUGUUGAAUGCAUAUUUUUACUUGUAAAUAUUACAUAAGUAUUGUACAUUUUGUAUAUUAGUCAUGUCAUUGUUAUUUUAUAUGUAAUUUAAUUGUUAUAUUUCCAAAGUAGAUACUGUGCAAUAUUAAACAGUAAAACUUUA